GUCAUCGUCAUUGCACAUGGUCCACGGCCUUUUUUUUUUUACUCUUCCUUUACCCUUCCUUUCGUUCCAAUGGGACGAACUUGUUAGGGAGGUGAAUCAAGGCUUUUAGAUAUCCUUGUAUAAUACUCUCGUUUUUCUUUCUUCACAAAUCGAUUCUCAUUCCAAGCAGCAUUGUACGAUUGCGAGUAUGGCCUGCUGAGGCCUGCUGCACCUUAUCCUGCACUUAAACCGUAUCGCGACCCCUACGACGGCGAAAACCACGGCCAGCACAAUUCGACAUCUGAUCUCAACCCGCGACAUCUCCCCCACAAUGGCGACCGCGCGGCCCCUACUCCGCCUCCCUCCCCCGCUUCGGGCCCUCCGACGCGCGCCUACAGCCCUCGCCCGACCGCCCCCGCGCCGGCACUUCUUCAACAUACCCAAUCUCCCCGCGACCGAGCCGCAGACGCUCACGGCCUCCCGGACGAUGCCCUACCUCUCCAACCAGCUGUACGACGUCAUUGCCGACGUCGACGCCUAUGAUUCUUUCGUCCCCUACUGCGCCCAGUCCCGCGUCACCCAGUGGACGGCCCCCGACGCCUCCGGCCGCCGCUGGCCCGUCCAGGCCGACCUCCGCGUCGGCUGGGGCGGCUUCGAAGAGACCUUCACCAGCAGGCUGCACUGCGUUCCUGGGAAGAGCGUCGAGGCGGUCAGUGGCGCUGACGUCGAGGGCGCGAGCCCGGGCAACGGCGGGGAGGGAGGCGCCGUGUUCAGGAGCCUGGUGACCAAGUGGCAGCUGCGGCCGCUGACCUCCGGUACGGGCACCGAAGUGGAUUUAGUCAUCAGGUUCCAGUUCGCGAAUCCGCUCUACUCGGCCGUGAGCGCCGCCGUGUCUGAAAAGGUUGCUGGCGUCAUGAUCCAGGCCUUCGAAAAGCGGGUGAAGGCUGUUCUGGGGGUUCCCAGACUAUAGGCGGAGUGGGCAAUCAUGGAGCAUUGAUCUGUAUAGACUUAAGACUAAUGAAGAAAUCACAAAACGCUGAAAAAUUAAAAGACCGAGUCGCCACU